CCUGCUUACAAUCAAUCUGCAUAAUCAAGCAUUUUAAAUUCCCGAGACUCCCGUCAAUCUAAACUCUAUCCGCGCAGUUGGGACUCCCACCUCGCACCCGGAAUCCCCGCAAACUCAAAUCCUGAGAAACACACUUUAGCCGUCUUGCUUUAUCCCACCGACCCUUGCCCAACCCUUUACACAUAAUGAAGACUUUCCACCUCUUCCUCUUCGCCACCCCCAUCCUCGCGGCCGUAGCCCCAGCCAUAAUCGCCGAGCAGUGCGGAUCCCUCGGCGUAAUGACAUACACCGCCGCAUCCCUCGACACCUCCGUCGCCGGUGGCACUGGCGUUGAUCCCGCACAGAUCCGCACGUGCCAAGAUCACCCCCUGGGCCCGGCCCCUCGACCCAAACACGCCGUCGGGCCCCGUCCUGCGUCCGCAGACAGCAAGCAAGGAGGAGUCAACUCCACCACCGUAAACCGCUGGGGCUGGGGUUGGGGCUGGCGGCACGGCGGCGGCGGCGGCUGGGGUAACUGUUGGGACGUCGAUCCGGGCGACUAUGGCUGCUCCGGGGGCUACUGCUACAAGGCGUGCGAUAGCGAUGGGAGGCAACGCUAUUUUCCUCGUGUGGGGAAUUUGAUUCUGAUGGACCACAACAUGACGUACGGUAGACGAUACCUGACAUAG